AUUUCCGGGGUUAUUUCACUGUUGGCUGAGGCGCCACUUCUUCUUUUGCGUCAAGUUUCUUCAUUUCACACCCUCACCAACAAUGUCUCCUCCCUUGCGUACUCCCUCAUCCAACAUGUUCCUCUCUCUUUGCUGUCUCUUCUGUCUCCUCUCCUUCCUCUCCGGUGUUCAGUCCGACGACCGUCAACUCCUUCUCAACUUGAAAUCCGUACUCCAGCGUGAGUCAAACUCCCCUGUCUUUGACUCCUGGAAUUCCACCAACCCCCUCCGCAAUUUCCACGGGAUUGCCUGCAACUCCGACGGUUCCGUAACGGAAAUCGAUCUUUCGUCUCAGAAGCUAUCUGGGGUUCUGCCUCUCGACUCCAUUUGCAAGCUCUCGUCUCUUCAGAAGCUCGCGUUCGGGUCCAACUCUUUGCAUGGCAAAGUUGCAGAGGAUUUGAGAAACUGUGUCAACUUAGUAUACUUAGACUUGGGAAGCAACGAUUUCUCUGGCCCGUUUCCCGAUAUAUCUCCUCUCAGCCAGUUGCGAUCUCUGUUUUUGAACCAAAGCGGAUUUUCUGGAACUUUCCCAUGGAAGUCUCUGCUAAACAUGACGCGUCUCGUGCAGUUAAGCGUUGGAGAUAACCCUUUUCACCGUACAACUUUUCCAUCUGAGGUGGUCAAUCUGAAAAGCCUCCAGUGGCUAUAUCUAACGAACUGCAGCCUCGAAGGGGAAAUACCAGUGGGAAUAGGUAAUCUCGCUGAGCUUGUAAAUUUAGAGUUUUCGGACAAUUUUAUAUCCGGCGAGAUUCCCUCGGAGAUUGGGAAUCUUCGGAAGCUAUUGCAGUUUGAGUUCUACAACAACUCAAUAACCGGAAAAUUCCCAAUCGGAUUCAGAAAUCUCACAAGCCUUGCGAAACUGGACGGGUCCAUGAAUCAGCUUGAAGGCGAUCUUUCCGAGUUGAGGUUCUUGACGAAUCUGGCUAGCCUGCAGCUAUUUGAAAACAAGUUAACAGGCGAAAUUCCCCCUGAAUUCGGUGAAUUCAGAAAACUCGUGAAUCUAUCGUUGUACACUAAUAAUUUAUCGGGGCCCAUUCCUCAGAAACUUGGCUCUUGGGCAGAGUUUAACUUCAUCGACGUGUCGGAGAACAUGUUGACGGGUCCUAUUCCGCCUGAUAUGUGCAGCAAGGGAAAGAUGCAGAAACUACUCGUACUUCAGAACAAGCUCUCCGGUGAAAUACCGGCUACCUAUGCGAACUGCACGACAAUAAUUCGGUUCAGAGUCAACGAUAACUUGCUUUCGGGGACGGUUCCUUCUGGAAUAUGGGGAUUGCCCAAAGCGGAGAUAAUCGAUGUUGAACUGAAUCAGUUGGAAGGUUCAAUUACGUCAGAUAUCAAGAACGCGAAGGCCCUAGCCACCAUACAUGCUAGGAGGAACCGCUUGUCCGGUGAGAUACCGAAAGAAAUUUCAGAAGCAACGUCCUUGGUGACAAUUGAUCUGAGUGAGAAUCAAAUUUCCGGGGAAAUUCCAUCGCGUAUUGGGCAGCUGAAAAGUUUGAGCAGUCUUCAUUUACAGAGCAACAGGUUAUCUGGGUCUAUACCCGACUCUUUGGGGUCAUGUACUUCCCUUAGUGAUAUCGAACUGGCAAAGAAUUCACUCUCUGGAAAUAUUCCUUCAUCUUUGGGUAAAUUACCAGCUCUUAAUGCAUUGAAUUUGUCCCGAAACGAACUCUCCGGUGAGAUUCCGGCUAGUUUCACACUCCUCCGGUUGAGCCUUUUUGAUCUAUCGAGCAACCGGUUAACAGGUCCAAUCCCACAAUCUCUAUCCAUUCAAGCUUUCAAUGGUAGUCUUGAUGGAAAUCCAGGUCUCUGCACUCUAGACGCGAUCAACUCUUUCAGGCCUUGCUCUGCUCAUCCAGGCAUACCCAGCAACGUCCGCACCCUCAUCAUUUGCUUUACAAUAGCUCUGGUCCUGCUUCUCGCUUGUUUGGCUCUUUACAUGAAGCUGAAUAAGAGGGAGAAAUAUCGAGAACGCUCUUUGAAAGAAGAAUCCUGGGACCUGAAAUCCUUCCACGUGCUGAGUUUCACUGAGGACGAGAUUCUAGAUUCCAUUAAGCAAGAGAAUCUAAUAGGGAAAGGGGGAUCAGGAAACGUGUACAGAGUCCUACUCUCAAACGGUAAAGAACUCGCCGUUAAGCACAUAUGGAAUAUGGAUUCCGCCGGCCGGAAGAAAAGCCGCAGUAGUACUCCGAUGAUGGGAAAGCAUGACGGGAAGUCCAAGUCCAAGGAAUUCGAUGCAGAGGUGCAGACACUGAGCUCCAUAAGACAUGUGAACGUCGUGAAGCUUUACUGCAGCAUUACAAGCGAGGAUUCCAGCUUGCUGGUUUAUGAGUAUCUCCCAAAUGGAAGCUUAUGGGAUCGGCUUCACUCAAGCGGGAAGAUGGAACUGGACUGGGAAAAAAGACAUGAAAUCGCAGUCGGAGCUGCCAAGGGAUUGGAGUACUUGCAUCAUGGGUGUGAGAGGCCAGUAAUUCACAGGGACGUCAAAUCUAGUAACAUUUUGUUGGAUGAGUUAAUGAAGCCCAGGAUUGCUGAUUUUGGACUUGCCAAGAUUGUUCAGCCCAGUGUUGGCCAGGAUUCUACGCAAGUCAUUGCAGGAACACAUGGGUAUAUCGCUCCCGAAUAUGGGUACACAUAUAAAGUGAACGAGAAAAGUGACGUGUACAGCUUUGGAGUAGUAUUGAUGGAGCUAAUAACGGGGAAAAAGCCAAUUGAAGCAGAAUAUGGGGAAAACAAAGACAUAGUGAGCUGGGUGUGCAGCAAGAUGCAGAGUCAUGAGAGCAUAAUAGGUUUGGUGGACUCUAGAAUACAAGAUAUGCAUAAAGACGAGGCUGUGAAGAUGUUGAGAAUAGCGAUUCUGUGCACCGCAAGGCUUCCAGCUUUGAGGCCUACCAUGAGAAGUGUGGUUCAAAUGCUGGAGGAUGCUGAGCCUUGUAAAUUGGUCGGAAUCGUCAUUAGCAAAGACAGCUCUGAGAAGAAAAUGCAGGACACUCAAACGCUUAAGCUCAAGCCAAGCACUUGAGAGACUUCAGUUUUGGAUCGUUGGAUCGGAGAAACCGCCUCCCUACUUGUCAGCAGUACAAAAUGUAAAUUUUUCAGGGAGGAGUAGGAGGGAACUCUUGUGAAUUAUUUAGCCACUGAUUCUGCAUCAUGCAUGCUAAACUUAGAAUAAGAAGAAGCAGUUUUCAAUAAAGGAAUUAACUCGGUAUCCACUU